CGCCUACGAAAAGGCAUACAGAGAUCAGUUCUCAAGAAAUCAACACCAAAAUCAACUACAAAAUGAAAUUCGCCAUCGCUCUCUUCGCUGUUUUGGCCGUCGCUGCCGCCAUCCCACUCGAUGACCCAAAGGUCGCUAAGGUCCUUCGUUUGGAAGCCGACAACAUUGGAACUGAUGGAUACAAAUGGGGAUUCGAAACCAGUGACGGAAAGGUCCAUGACGAACAAGGUCAAUUGAAGAACAUUGGAACCGAAGGUGAAGCCAUCGUUGUCCGUGGUGCCUACUCCUACACCGAUAAGGAUGGCGUAAACUACCAAGUCUCAUACGUAGCUGAUGAAAACGGUUUCCAACCAGAAGGCGCCCACAUCCCAAAGUAAAUAUUUUAACAGACUCAGGAUGAUGGCUUUUUUGAUUCGAUUUUUGGAUACAUUAACGUAGCGUUUGACUGUGGACAAAUUUGUUAUCUAGAAAAAUUUAGAAUAUUUUAAAAUAAACCAAAAGUAAAAUAUCA